CAAACAGAAUAUCCACACAAUUAACUCAAUACUUUCUUUAAUAUACAAAAAGCUAAGCACAACAAAAGCCAAUGGCAAUCAAAUCCAAGACUUCAACUAUUGCGUCACCUUCUUACGUCGAUUUUGAACCUUAUUGUGAAUGGAAGAAAGAUGACGGAGUUGAAACCUUAGUCUUCCAUCUCCCUGAUUUCAAAAGAGAUCAACUCAGAGUUCAAGUUAAUAAUCUUGGAGUUAUCAAAGUAAGCGGAGAGAGGCAGACAACUGCAGAUGGAACCCAAAGAAGCCGCUUCCUCAAGGAAACCAAGAUUCCACAAGGCUGCGAAAUAAAUGACAUUCGAGCAAAAUUCAGUGGUGGCCACCUUCAUGUUGUCAUGCCGAUAAAAGCCGCUCCCCCUGUGCAGCAGCAGCAAAAGCCAAAGCCAGAGAUAACAUCAUCAAGUGCUCCAGAAUCAGAGAUUACACAAAAGCCGAAAGCAGAGGCCCUGGCUCCUAACGGUGACAAUCUAAAGGCUUCAAGUUCUGAAAAUGGUAAAGCAGGAGGAACAAGUACUAUUUAUGAUAACAUAUUUGGAAAUGGAAGCUACUCCCAAGGAAGAUUGCAAGUGCAGAAGAAGGUUGCCGUGAGUUUAGGAGUUGCAGUUGCAGCAAUGGUGGCGAUUGGAGCCUUUGUGGCUUAUAAAUAUGGAUCUAGCCCUCCUCCUUCACAUAUUGAGGAGUAAGGCCUAAGUUAGCCUCGUCUUACAUUGUGUCCCGCUCUAUGUGUUUAUAUGUUGGUCUUUAAGAAAUUGUAUUCUUCAUCAAGUGUAUAGAUAAGUUCAUGCAUGACAAGAAUGCUUCAAAUAA